CGGUUCUCCACGGUACAUGCACCGGAAGUACUGUUCCCACAGUAGAGUAACCAGGAAGUUAUGCUAAUCUUUUUGCAGUCCCUCAGUGUGAAUAGUUUAGCGGCUAUGACGGCCUUUGCCCUUUAGACCCCAAUGUCUGUGUCAGCGGGCGACCUGCUGUCCCUCAUGUUAGUGGCCAUACUCUGGGGAGUAACCAACCCUUUCCUGAGAAGAGGAGCAGAGGGGGUAGAACGUGUGAAAGUGGAAGGGAGAGUGCGGAGACUGCUGUAUGAAGCAAAGUUCCUGAUAUCUAACUACAGGUAUGUGGUCCCAUUUUUGCUGAACCAGAGUGGAUCUGUGAUUUUCUACCUUACAUUGGCUUCCACAGAUCUGUCGCUAGCUGUACCUGUCUGUAAUUCUCUUGCACUAGUUUUUACAAUGGUAACUGGAAAGAUGCUUGGAGAGCACAUAGGAGGAAAGGGAGCUGUUCUUGGGUUGCUUCUUACGAUACUGGGCAUUUCAAUCUGUGUGGGAAGUUCUGUCAGUGACUGAGGCAACUCACCUCCUUCUAGAAAAAAUGAAGCUCUAAGGGAUUGAGAGGCAAUAAGAAUAUUGGCCUGAAUGGAACGCAUGUAAUGAAGUCAUCAGUUUUAAAGCCACUGUAUGUAUAGAAGGUAGGGCUGCAAUAGUAACAACCAAGAAAAAAACUAAGAAAAUUAUAUGCACAUCUACCCUUUAUUUAGAUGUAUCAAGUGCCUGGACUAUAAGAGAAACUAUUAUGUUAAUCAGUAAUUUUUUUUUGAAAAGACUAGAAUUGGUGGGAUACAAUGCUAAAUGAUAGUGUGAGACAAUAUUCAUAGAGCCUUUAAAGUCCAUUCAUUGCAGAACACUGUAUUCUUAAAACACUGAGAUACAAACAAGUAUUUUUCUAAUAAAGUUGUAAUGGUCACAAUAGUCUACUACCACUUAUUCUGUUCUAUAUAAUUUAGCUAGUCUUCAUGGUACAAUACAUGUGUGUGAAAAAUGAGGAGCAAAUGAAGUUGUCCAACACCUUGCACCAUUAUCGAUCAGCUGACCAGCACUGCCGCAGCGCUGGAAAUAAACAAUUUACAGGAGCUUGAGCUUCGUAAGUUGAUUGCAGUGAUGGAACUGGAUCAUUGCAAAACAGCCUACAUUGAAUUAAGUAACAGCUUCUCUGCACUUACUGCACCAAUUCAAA